AGAGGGACUUUGGUUCGCGCUGGGCCGCGACGUUCGCCCAACAUGGCAGAUGGUGGCGAUGUGCCGAUGGGAGGCGAUGACGCUCCCAAGACGGAAGCCAAGGGCAGCCUGGAUGAGAUUUGGGGCGAGGACGAUAUCCUCACGGAUGAGCUGAAGCGUGCGAGCCCGGACGAGAUCAACCAGCGUAUUCGUUUGCUGGAGAACGACAUCCGCGUGAUGAAAAGCGAGCAGCAACGGCUCAGCCACGAGAUGAAGACCAUCGAGGAGAAGACGAAGGACAACAAGGAGAAGAUCAAGCUCAACAGACAGCUGCCUCAUCUGGUCGCCAACGUGGCGGAGAUUUUGGAGCUGGAGCCAGACGAGGACGAGGAGGAUGGGGGGAUGCAGGACAUCGACACCACCCGGGAUGGGAAGAGCCUCGUAGUGAAGACCACCACCAGGCAAACCAUCUUCCUGCCGGUCGUCGGUCUUGUGGAGGCUGAAGAAUUGAAGCCAAACGACCUGGUAGGCGUCAACAAGGAUUCGUACCUGGUGCUGGACAAGCUGCCGCCAGAGUAUGACUCCCGAGUGAAAGCCAUGGAGGUGGACGAACGGCCCACGGAUCAAUACAGCGACAUCGGAGGCUUAGAGAAGCAAAUUCAGGAACUGCAGGAGGCCAUUGUGCUUCCCAUGACGCACAAGGAGCGCUUUGAGAAUAUCGGCAUCAUGCCGCCCAAGGGUGUGCUGAUGCACGGCCCGCCGGGCACCGGCAAGACCAUGAUGGCCCGCGCCUGCGCCGCCGCCACCAGCGCCACCUUCCUGAAGUUGGCGGGCCCCCAGCUGGUGCAGAUGUUCAUCGGUGACGGUGCCAAGAUUGUGCGGGACGCCUUCGUCUUGGCAAAGGAGAAGGCGCCGGCCAUCAUCUUCAUCGACGAGCUGGACGCCAUCGGGCAGAAGCGCUCCGGCGGCGGGGAGCUGUCAGGUGUGCGGGAGGUGCAGCGCACGAUGCUGGAGCUGCUGAACCAACUGGACGGCUUCACCAAUCAAACCACCGUGAAGAUCAUCGCCGCCACCAACCGGCCGGACACCUUGGACCCCGCGCUGCUGCGCUCCGGGCGCCUGGACCGCAAGAUCGAGCUGCCGCACCCCAAUGAGGAUUCCCGGGCGCGCAUCAUGCAGAUCCACUCGCGGAAGAUGAACUACAAGAAGGAUGACGUCAACUUCACAGAGCUGGCCCGGUCCACAGACGACUUCAACGGAGCCCAGCUGAAGGCGGUGUGUGUGGAGGCGGGCAUGGAGGCCCUGCGCCGGGGCGCCAGCGAGCUGUGCCACGAGGACUACGUGGCCGGCAUCGCGGCGGUGCAGGCAAAGAAGAAGAGCAGCUUCAACUACUACGCCUGAGAGCGCGACGGUGAAUCCAUGUGGACAGAUGCCGUGCAAAGAAAAA